GAAGUACUUAAGCUCACGCACUUCUUACAAGAAAAAAGCUCAUCUCUCUUCCUUAAUUCACUGUGCAACUUUCUUUGCAUUUGAACUUUGAGUUCUCUAUUGAACAAAUAAUGAUGAGUAGAAGAAUCAUCCAGACUUGAACAGAUAUGAGGAAAGCUGUACUACUGGUGUCUGAAAUGGUAUGGAGAAUGUCACAUCUCAGGGAUCAACAAACACAGAAUACUUUGAUUUUAAGUAUGAUGAUUCUUCAUGUAACAAACAGGGGGGAAUACAGCUGCAAGAAUUACAAGGAAUGUUGUCAUCAUGUUCACACUCUUCGUUCCGGUCCAGAACAGGAUUAGUCAUGAUCAUUUUUUUAUUCUGAUGAGUACUUUUAUCCAUUGUAGUUGAUUUUCUUGACUUAGUUUACACUUUCAGACACUUGAUUGGAAUAGACAUGCAAUAACCUGACAUAUAGGGAAGUCCGAUAAAUGAAUACCAUACGUUUUCUCUUCCACCUCUGAUUUUCUGAUACAGAAAGUUUCUCUUUUUUCCAAUGAUGAGAGGUGGCUUAUUUCCUUUUGUACUUCUCUUUACACAAUGUCUAACGGCUUUCUUGGCCAUGGCGUUGACCAAUAUAACGACCGAUGAAACAGCGCUUCUGGCCUUGAAAUCCCGGCUCGCUAUAGACCCUUCUCAUAUAUUGUCAAGAAACUGGUCUGAUUCUACCUCUGUUUGCAGCUGGAUUGGAGUUAUGUGUGGUGCUCGCCACCAAAGAGUGACUGCUUUGGAUAUUUCUACAAUGGGACUUGCAGGAAACCUGCCGCCCGAUAUGGGAAAUCUCACCUUUCUUGUGUCACUGAACUUGAGUAGCAACAGUUUUCAUGGCAGCCUGCCCCAAGAGCUGGCUCAGUUGAGAAGAUUGGAGGUGAUCGAUUUCAGGUUCAACGACUUCGGCGGAGAUGUUCCUUCUUGGUUCGGGUUCUUGGGUGAACUUCAGUUCUUGAAUCUUAGAAACAAUAGUUUCAGUGGUUUCGGGCCAACUUCUAUUGCCAACAUGUCGAAGCUUGAGAUGCUGGACCUGUCCUACAACCCUUUACAGGGGAAAAUCCCUGAUGAGAUUGGAAAUCUGCAUAAUUUGAAGAGGUUGAGUUUGCAGUUUAACAAGUUUGAUGGACUAAUUCCAACGACAAUCUUCAAUAUCUCGAGCCUGGAGUCUCUUGCUCUUACUGGGAAUAGCUUAUCAGGUGAUCUGCAAGGUGACCUCUGUCGCAGCCUUCCAAGACUCAAUGAGCUAUAUUUGUCUUCAAAUGAGUUGGAUGGCCAGAUACCUUCAAACAUUUCUCAGUGCUCACAACUCCGUCUGCUUUCAUUGUCGCACAACAAAUUUAGCGGCUCUGUACCUAGUGGAAUUGGCAACUUAACGGCACUUGAGAUAUUGUAUCUAGGCUCCAACGACUUGACAGGUCAAAUCCCAGAAGAGCUGGGCGACCUUCGGAACUUGAAGGAGUUAGGCAUGGGAGAUAACUUUCUUAAAGGCUCUAUACCUUCGACAAUCUUCAAUAUUUCCUCACUGCAGUACAUUAAUAUCGCAAACUGUAACCUGACUGGCGCUCUCCCUGCUGAUAUGUGCUCUGGUUCUUCCCGACUUCAAGAGGUCUUUUUCCAUGUGAACGAGUUAGUCGGUGAGCUCCCAGAAAGAAUUGGCGAAUGCUCAGCACUUCAGAUGUGGUCACUAUCUUACAACAACAUAACUGGAGUCAUACCAAGAGGGGUCGGAAAUUUAACGAUGCUCCAGAAUUUUUACGUUGGCUACAACAACUUGAUAGGCACAAUCCCAAAAGAGAUAGGCAAUCUUCAAUCUUUGGAAGUACUGUAUUUGGGAGUCAACAACUUAAUGGGUACCAUUCCAACAGAAAUCUUCAACAUAUCAACUUUACAAUCGAUUUCCGUUUCGAUGAAUCAACUCUCAGGCCAGCUUCCAUCCAACUUCGGUCACGGGCUACCUAAUAUAGAAGAACUCUACUUGAACAACAAUAAUUUAAGUGGAGAAAUCCCUGAUUCUAUUUCAAAUUCUUCUAAGCUCACCGUCAUAAACUUUGCUGGUAACAACUUUACUGGACUAGUUCCCAACUCCCUCGGAGAGUUGAGUUUCCUGCAAGACAUAUACUUGGGUGAAAACAGCUUCGUGAGUAAAUCGUUGGAGCUGAACUUCAUCCCUUCAUUGGCAAACUGCAGACAUCUGAGAAGGUUGUUUUUAGGGGAUAAUCUUUUCAACAGCAUUCUUCCUGUUUCUGUGGGGAAUUUGUCGAAUACUCUCGAGAAUUUCUAUGGUUACAAUUGCGGCCUUUACGGCAGCAUUCCAGAUGAGUUUGGCAAUCUGACUAAUUUGUUCCUUUUAAGUCUCUUCGACAAUCAGCUGACAGGAUCAAUACCGAAGACACUGGUGAAUCUGCAAACGCUUCAAGGAUUAGCUCUAAUGCGGAACAAGAUAAGCGGACCUAUUCCAGAGAAUCUUUGUGGAUUACAAAAUCUGAAUGGACUACUGCUACACCAGAACCAAAUCAGUGGUGCUAUUCCAGACUGCAUAGGAAAUCUCACUGCUCUGAGGACUCUAUACAUAGGCAACAACAAUUUGAGUUCAGGCAUACCUCCAAGCUUGUGGCGGCUGAAUGAUCUUUUGCAGCUGAAUCUGACUUCAAAUGUUCUAGUCGGCUCUCUGCCUCCGGAUAUUGGAAACCUGAAGACUGCAACGGUACUUGAUUUGUCAAUGAAUCAGUUCUCUGGCACAAUUCCUCCCUCACUUGGCGAUAUCCAUGACCUGAUUAAUCUUUCGUUGGCGCAUAAUAAAUUUGAAGGGUCUAUUCCUGAGUCAAUUGGUCAGCUAGUAAACAUAGCGGAAUUGGAUUUAUCGCACAACAAUCUUUCUGGCAAUAUUCCAAGGUCCUUGGAGAGAAUUCUGUAUCUCACCUACUUUAAUGUUUCUUUCAAUGAUUUAAGUGGUGAGAUCCCCAACGGUGGCCCCUUCAAGAACUUCGGUGGUGAGGCCUUCGUGUCUAACGGAGGACUCUGCGGUGAUCCCAGAUACGGUGUUCCCCCGUGCCCGAACACUAAAGUUCAUAAAUCAAACCGCAGAAAAGUGAUUCUACGUGUUGUGUAUGCUUUGUUGGGAGCUGCAGCAUUAGUUUUCUUCCUUGUCUUGGCAUGCAUAUUUGUGAGAUACCGAAGGAAGGAAAUAGCAGCUGCAGAAACUCAGAGUGAAAUAUCAUCCAAUGCAACACUAUUACGGACAUCAUAUAACGAUCUUCUACGAGCAACUGAAGGGUUUAACGAUAGCCAUUUGCUUGGCAGUGGUGGUUUCAGCUCUGUCUAUAAAGGGACUCUCCGGGACGGUGAUACCGUUGCCAUUAAGGUAUUCAACUUACAACAAGAAGGCGCUUUCAAGAGUUUCAACAGGGAAUGUGAAGUACUACGUAGCCUUCGACAUAGAAAUCUAUGCAAAGUUAUCGGUGCUUGCUCCACCACGCAUUUCAAGGCCUUGAUUCUUGAAUACAUGCCUAAAGGGAGCCUCGAGAAGUGGAUAUACUCGGACGACCGUUUCUUGGACAUCAUACAAAGAACUAGCAUAAUGAUAGAUGCAGCAUGUGCAUUGGAAUAUCUCCAUCAUGGUUACUCAAUACCCAUGUUCACUGGUGAUUUAAAACCUAGUAAUGUGUUAUUGAACGAAGACAUGGUUGGCCAUCUGAGUGAUUUCGGGAUCUCUAAGCUGUUAGGUGAAGACGAUAGCUUUGUGCAGACCACCACUUUUGCAACAUUGGGUUACAUUGCACCAGAGUAUGGAUCGGAAGGUUUAGUGUCGAUAAAGUCAGAUGUAUAUAGCUUUGGGAUUAUGCUGAUGGAAGUUUUUACAAGAAUGAAGCCGAGCAGCGAGACGUUCGCUGGAGACUUAAGCCUAAGGGGCUGGGUGAAGAGUUCCAUACCUAACGCCAUAGCACGAAUCAUUGAUCCCGGAUUGUUGAGGUCGGAAGAAAAGAUCGUCGUCGAUAAAACGUUGGAAUGCUUAUCUUCCAUAAUGGAGUUGGCUUUGAAAUGCUCCAUGGAAAGCCCUGGUGAUAGGAUUAGCAUGGAAGAUGUUGUUGAGGCCUUGAAGAAGAUCAGGUUUAAGCUCUUGGAAUUAUUCCCAUAUAUUAAAAAGGGUAGUGUUUAAAGAUGGUAAAACUUGAUAACAUAUAUGUUGUUCUGUAGUAUUCUACAAGGAACAUACAUUCUUUAAAUACUAUAUAUAUAUGUAUAUGAAUCGAUGAUAAGUGAGA